AUGGAGAUCUGGAAGCAGCUCAUCGACACGGAGCUGAAGACGGCUGCGAAUUGGGAAGGCCAGUGGGGAUUCCUCAAAGCCGAGGCCGGUAACCCGCUCCUCUUCGACGCCAAGCCUUCCGAAGGACAAGGCUGGGAAGGAGAGAGCAGAGAGGAAGGUACCCGGGCCCGGGCAAAGUUGGACCGCUCUGAGGCCUUGCGGCAGCGCAAGACACUCACGCCGCAGGAGCGCUACAGUUCCAUGAGAAUCACCAGCCACGAGAUUGGCUGGCGGCCUUCCAUUGAGAGGUUUGGCGUCAGUCAUCAUGGCAUCAAGCGGGAUCCGGGCAUUUGGCCGGACUACUGA